AUGGCGAAGAACAAAACUGUAUGUUACUAUGUGCUUAGUAACGGCGCUAUCGAAGAGAAAAAUGCCCAAUUUGAGCAACCACAUCAGGGGAUGCAGAGUCAUCUCAAACGCCUUUACAUAAGGGUGAAAGUCGAACAGGUUGGAAUCAAUAAAGUGCUGGUAGAUGGAGGUUCCGCACUGAACCUCAUGCCUCAGUUUAUGCUGAAAAAGCUGGGCAUGUUCAACACAGAUGUGAAGCCCCACAACAUGGUUCUGUCAAACUAUGAAGGAAAAAUAGGACAGACGUUGGGGGUUUUCCAAGUAGAUUUGAUUGUUGGUUCAAUCACUAGACCAACAAUGUUCAUGGUGAUACCAGCAAAGGUCAAUUACAACUUGCUCCUAGGAAGAGAAUGGAUCCAUGGGAUUGGAGCAGUGCCCUCAACCAUGCAUCAGAGGGUUUCCAUAUGGAGAGAAGACGGUGUGGUGGAAAUCAAGUGGAUAUGGCAAACUUCGAUAGAAAUCUGGCGAAUAUAA